GUGAAUAACUCAACCUGAAAUGAGAGCCUAGCUGCCAGGAAAGAACAGCGGACAAGCUGUCGAUGAAAUAGGCCUAUUAUUGCUAAAUACAUGUAAAGAAAACAUAAAACGUGCCACACAAAGGGAAUACAUAUAGCUAAAAUCACCCGCUCUUUGGAAAAGACAAUGAUCCGCUUCAUCCUGAUCCAGAACCGAGCAGGGAAGACCCGGCUGGCUAAGUGGUACAUGCAGUUUGAUGACGACGAGAAGCAGAAGCUCAUCGAGGAGGUCCAUGCCGUGGUCACGGUCCGUGAUGCCAAACACACCAACUUUGUGGAGUUCAGAAACUUCAAGAUCAUCUACAGGCGCUACGCUGGUCUGUACUUCUGCAUCUGUGUGGACGUGACUGACAACAACCUGGCGUACCUGGAGGGCAUCCACAACUUUGUUGAGGUGCUGAACGAGUACUUCCACAACGUAUGCGAGCUGGACCUGGUGUUCAACUUCUACAAGGUGUACACAGUGGUGGAUGAGAUGUUCCUAGCAGGAGAGAUCAGAGAGACCAGCCAGACCAAGGUCCUCAAGCAACUGCUGAUGCUCCAGUCUCUAGAGUAGAGAACACCUCCCUUUUCCCUCCACCUUCACACCCGUUAUCACUUCCACCUUCUCCAUCCAUCACCUCCACUUCCUGUCCCUAAGCUCCCCCUCACCUCCCCUUCUGCUUCUCCAGCAGAGCUCUGGUUCAGCUCAGUCAGCCAGACAGUCCAUCCGUCUUGGGCUGCCAGUUCUGCUGUUACUGGCUUAUUCUUCAUUGGUGGAGACCGUGAAAACAGUGCACCAAUCUGGCAACCAUCCCCCCUUUUAUCUUCCUUCAGUGUCACUAUCCGUGUAGCUAACAAGCACCAUGAAAAAUAACUGUGUUUGUCUGGGAUUACCACAGCUUUCACUGCAGUCUGCUGAGAACCUGUUGAAGACCUACAUCAGAGUAAAAGGGGUUGCUCUGACAAGUAGAGCCUUGAGGAGGGCAUUCUGGGUAUUUUAGUCUUAGUGUCUCACUCCCCUGUGAAUAUGGAACGUGGUUCAAAUUUUGUUUUACAUGAUAUUGAUGUACAAGACUGUGUUGAUUAUGUAUCUUAUGUGGUUCUGUCUUCUAGCCAAUAUGAUAUAAUAGGUUAGGCGCCCUUGAUGUGUAUUACGUAGGACCAAGAAAAUAAAGGGUACCUAAAGUGCAAUCUUUUCAUUGAAGUCACUCAUCUCAAGCACCAGGUCUGUCUGACCCUGGUGACUGCAUAUGGUGCUUGUUAGCUACACCCCAGUAAUCCCAACAUAGACUGAGUGAUGGACAACACAAAACCAAAUAGAAAUCCCAGUCAAUGGAAAUAUAUAGCGAUAUAUUUGAGGUAAUAAGGCAGUACUGUGCAGUUUAGUUUUUGUAUGGUGUAUGGUAUGUAUACAGUGUAUCUUAUGUGUGUUUGAAAGUUGAGUGCUGCCCAUUCCAAACCUCUAAGCCCCAUCCUCCUGCCCAAUGUCCUGUGGUCAAGUACAAAUGCAUUCAGGUUGGAAAUGAUUCCAUUUCAAACCCCUCCCAGUUUCUCAUCCCAGUUUGAGCUGAGGUGUCCUUACUGACCAGUGGCUUAAUGAAGAAUGACCACUACUAUGGGAAGGGUUGCCAUUCUUUUUACAACCCUAAAAUGUGUCCUUUAUUAUAUUCUUUCCUUGAGGCAACAUCUGAUCUAAAGAGUUUAGAUUGGUGUGUUUGCUUCCAUGCACAGAUGUGACCAAUGCAGCCCUCAUAAGAUAAGUGAUUUCUGAGAGGUUGAUUGGAUGCACUCUACGAAGACCCUAUAGUCUGCUUCCCACCCUCUCCCUCACCAUCCUUCAACCUCCGACAUUCACCUUCACAUUUUUCAUGUGAUUAAAUGGUCUAUGUAUUUGUUUUAUUUGGCUGUAGUGAGAGAUGUACUGCUGUCCCCGCCCCUUGAGUCAGUUAGGUAAUGAGGUGUUUAGGUGUUUCAUCAUCAUGUUGGUCAACCGGCCAUGCUCUUGUGUAUUCCAGUCGAUGUAUAUAAAAAAACAAACAUGAAAUACAAAAAUUGUUUUAAAGACCUGAACUUUGUUAAACGUUUUGAUGUUCUAUGUCAAUCCUUUUUUGUUAACUCUACCUGACUUUUUAAUGGAAGGCAGUUUCCAUAAGAUUGUGUGGUCCCAUAGGACCAUCUGGUGGCGGUGAAGCAGCAUAGCUCCCAGCAGAAGCCCACUAUUCCACUCACCGAUGAAGUAAUUUUCUCCCAGCCUACAGGACAUCAAUAAGCUGAUCAAUAUAUCCACUUAUGCUGCAUUAACCCUCCCUUGCUGUUACUGCAUUGACCCAUGGACAUUACAUCUGACCAUUACACCCUCAGAGCCGGACGUGACAGAUGUGGUCUGUGAUAUGCUGCCCUGCCCCUUCCAGCUGUCUGGACUCUGUAUUGGGUUACUGGUUAAGGACUAUGGAAGUAGGAAGACUACAAGAAGUGAUGCAACACCAUGGACAGUGGAAGCUAGAGAAAAUAUAAAAUAGUUGGACUCAUAAUGGUCCUAGUAGGGAAUAGACCUAAUAAGACUACAGGAAGUGUGCUGUAGCACAACUUACUGAUACUAUACUUAACUGAUUGAAUAACUACUUACCCAUUCUGCUCCCAUUGAUAUAAACCAAGUACAUUGGCUAAGAAUGACAGUCGUGUUUCUGUCAUUAGAGCACCAUUGUUUUACUACAAUGUGUGUUUAAACUGGAAACGGGUAAAGAAACUUUGUUGAACAAGACUCAGAAGAGCAGUGAGAUAUCACGACACAGAAAACUAACGAAUAGCAGCAAAUGGGAUAUAAACAAAACAAAAUACUUGACAAAAAAAACAGGGCAAGAAAGUUUAAUCCAUAAUCCUUUCAUAUCAAUGGGGAACACAUUUUAUUUACACCACAGAUUCACUCCAAAUGUACAGUAGUUUUGAAGGCAGUUAAAUCAUACCGGUUACUAAGCAACAACUGAGUUUCUGAAUAGGGGGAGGAGGGUUGGGGUUCAGACAAAAACAAGAUCAAUCUAUCAUCACAGCCACUCCAGUCCUUAGAAAGCUUCCCAGACAAGACAAAAUCAAUGCAUGUACUGGGUACUGUUCAGAAACCUCAAGUGGAGAUAAAAUCGCUUUUCUGAAUUGAAAUAAACAAACAGCAACAAUGUAAGCUUUUUGCUUUCAAAAUCAGCCAUGAUUACUGAGGACUUAUAUUGCUGGCUGAGAAGAGACAGUCUCCGUGCGGCACAUUUGAAGGCUUUAAGACGAGUGGUCUUAUGAGUGGAACGAUGAGCCAAGCAGGGUUCAUGAACAGACAGAGGGGUGGGCUGUGGGAGUGAUGUCAUCACUAAGAGACACAACCAGGCACAGGGUAAGGAGGAAAUCUCAGUUGUUCUUUAGUAGGAAAUGACCCCACCUUUGCUAAUUAAAGUUACAUAGAUAAUUUCAAUCAAUAUAAAUUUGUACAGUUCUAUAGUAAAAGUAUAUAAACUCAACGCCUCAAAUGAAAAGUGCACUUGCAGUUAAGGAACAGAGACAUGAAAAAAUUGCGCAAAAAAUUGACGUUUAAAAACAACAAAAAG